AGUCUUGGGUUACUUAUUUUAAAUUAAUAAUGACAAAAUGGCGGUGUUGUUGGUUGAGGUGUUUAGCUUUGUACUUUUGUUGUGUUCUACAAUUUCCGAUGCCUCUACACAUUGGAUUGUAACUGAAGGUGGUAAACUUCAGGCCCAGGUUGAUUCUGUAUUUAAUUUACACCGUCCCUAUGACCUUUUGGCGUUGUUAAGACAAGAAGGAAGGGCUUAUUUAUUACAAAAUUUACAAGAUGAGCUUGUUAAGAAAAAGAAAGACAUAGAUCAAAACGAUAAAGAUGAGCCAGGUUUAGAAGAGAGAUAUUAUAAAGAAGAUUCAGAUUGUAUCAUAGCGGGCAAACCACUAACUGAGUAUGAUCUGUACAUUAGCACAGUCCUUCCACUGCAAAAUAAAAAUAUCAAUGGAGAAGAUUUUCUCGAACCAUCUACCUUAAAUAAUAUUCCACCCGAUUGCAUAUCUGCGUAUGAUUUACCUUUUUCAAUGCACUCUUUUGAUCAUCUGCAUGGUGUUAGAUUACGUAAAAAUUUGACAGCUGCCGCCGAAUUAGGCCUAAUUAACGCAGUCUGUCCUGAUGAAAAUGUCAACGAUUAUGGUAGCAGAAUAAGUGAUGCAUUAAAGCGUAAUAAUACGUCGUGGGUGCUAUACAAUAUGGCGGCGUUUUAUUGGAGAAUCAAAGGGAAUGCGUUCAAUGUUGUUGAAUGUCUCCGAAGGGCAUUGCACUUUUCUCCGAGACAACAUAAAGACGUAGCUUUGAUAAGUCUUGCCAACAUUUUACAUAGAGCUAAAAGAUCAAAAGAAGCUGCAGUUCUUCUCCACGCAGCUAUCGAUAUCAAUAGCGAUCUAAAUGUUAAUCACUUUACUCUGGGAAAUAUAUACGCUGUUUUGGGAGAUUACAAUAAAUCAGUUAUAUGCUUCGAAAAUACAUUGAUAAUGCAGAAAGAUUUUGAAGCGGCCUACAGGCGAAAACACGCUGUAAAAUGUCACCAUAAGAUAGAGACUGCAUUAGAAGCUCAGCAUAAAACCCUACAAAAAACUUUAAAUGAGCUGCGUUCUUAUCAAAAACGCCAUGAACUUUUUGAAAAGGAACGCUUUGUGCUAAAUACCGAAAAAGCAUUAGAUUCUGAAAAGGAAAUACAGCAACAGAGUUACGAAAAUAGUAAAUUAGCUAAAAAGAUGCUAGAACAAGAAGAGUUGUGCAAUGAUAAUGCUUGUGAAUGGCAUCCGAAGAAGCUUUCUAAACUUAGUUUUAAUAAUGUUAAAAAAUUCAGGGAUGUUUUCCCCAACUGGCCACCGUACACCGAGGUUUGGGAUGGCGAUGAAGUAAACAAUUUUGGAUCUAAGACACCAAGAGAAUAUUUGAACCCUGUUAAGGAGUCACGCUAUGUUAAAAGAGAAGAAUAUACAAAAGAAGAACUUAGCAGAUUUGUUUACAAACAAAAGAAUUGGCCUGAUAAACAAGAAUGUGAUACAUAUGUUCAGAAAAUACCGGCUUGGAAUGAUUUUCCAACGACAUAUUUACCACCGGAAAAUAAAGGUUUCGACGUACGAACCAUCUUAUCUGCGGGUCUUGGAUUAACUGACGGAGUUGGUCAUGAUUUACCUUGGUAUCCACCUGUCUGUGUUAAUCUUGAUAACAUUCCAGAAGGAACUCAAUCCUACGAUCACCUGGAAGCUAUUAAGAAGAGGACAGAAGUACCACUGAAACUCUAUGAUUCGUAUAUGAGACCUCUUCUUCAGUCUUUGGUGCCAGAUGCCACUGAAGAAGAAAUAGGUCAACGUAUCCUAACUGCUCUAAAAUCUCAAGUUGGACCAGCUUGGCUGCUUUACAACGUUGCCGGUUUAUAUUGGCGAGUGAUUGGGAACAACUACCAUUCAAUUGAAUGUUUAAGACGUUCUUUGUAUUUGGUACCCACAAAGUAUCGAGAUGUUCCCUUGGUAAAUCUUGCUAAUAUUCUUUAUAAGUGGGGGAGAGUUGAUGAGGCGAUUAUUCUCAUUCGAGAGGCAUCAAGUAUAAAUUCUAUGGAACCCGAAACUCAUUUCAUGCUUGCUAAUCUAUUAGCUGCAAAGGGAAACACUUCUGGAGCAAUUUACCAUUAUGAGGAAUGUCUUCAUCAACAACCCGAUCAUCAGCAAGCCCUGACUAUGCUUAGAGCUUUGAAUUGUUACAUAAAGUUUCAUAGAGCUGCUCAGAGCAGUGCCCCAGUAGCUACAAUGAUAAUGAAAAAAGCAGUUGAAAAUGCUCCAACUAUCUUUUGUCGGAAAGAUAGUGAAGGUUUUGAGAAUUGUGUUUUUGAAGCAACAGGCAAUUGCUACAAGCCGGAUACCGAAAAAUUAAAAAUCUUGUGCGAGGGAAAUGACUGCAAUGAAAUUAUUUCCGGAAAAAGGCGUCCACACAUUAAGUUGGAACUUUCUUCGGGAAUAAUACAUCGAAAACUAUUUAUAGGUGAAGGAAACCUGCAAAUAUCGCCGAAUGAUUGUGUUAUAUUUAACGACGGAUCAAAAAGCGAAGGUUGCAAUUUAGACCACUUUAAGUAUUACGUAAGUAUAAAAAUAUAUUAUCUAUCGCCUAAGCUUUUCCUUUCUUCUUAAAUACUUUAACCUUUCCAUUAAAUGCUAUCGUUUUAAAUUAAUCUAUUUAUAAUCCUUCCCAUUUGUUUUUUUCUUCUCCCUAAAUGUUCUUAUUCUUAACUAAAAGCCUAUGUUUUUAAAUAGUAGCCGAAAGUUUCAUUUCACAGCAUUAAUAUCACAUAUUCUCUUAUUAUUUUUUAUUACUAUUAUCAUUUUUUUCAUAACUUAUGAUAAUUCACAACGUAUCGAUAAUGAAAAAUUAGCACCCUAUACAAACUGUUAUACUGUACAUUCUUUUCUUCUCUCUAUGCUGUGUAUUUACCAUCAAUUAAUCUAUUAACACACCUGGUCUCUGUUCUAUAUUAAUUUUAAAGAGAAUUAAUUACUAAUUAAAAUUUCAAUUGUUUUGCUUAUGGUGCAGUUUUGGGGUGGGAGCAGAUAGGCCCCUCAUCUUUUUUGCUUAUGUAGUAAGUAGUAGAUAAAUCGCCUAUUAGAGGAAUAUUUUUAUAUUUUCCUUAUUAUAUUUUGUUAAUGUAAUACUUUAACAAAUAUUUCAGACUGAUGCUACAAAAUCGCGUAGAAAAGUUGAAUUAGAACGACAUAUUAGAAGUUAUAAAUAUGUUACCAUGCCAACUGCGGAAGAGUGCCAAAGUCAAACAGACAAACCUAGUAUAACAUUUGCUAGCACGUGGAUUUCCCUAUCAACAAAGGGUAUUGUCAAUGAAGAUUAUAUAGACUUUAAUAUAGCUUUAGAUGAUAUUGAUGAAAUACAUCCGUAUUGCGAUAUUCGUCUGGCUAAGAAAGCUUCUUUAUUUGAUGAAAUUGAUGGUAUUAAAAAGGCUGAAGAGUUGACAUAUUCUGCUGAAAUUGGCUUAAAAGAUUUGUUACUCGAUAUCGGACCAGGUGAAAGAACCAAAACAAUAGAGGAAGUUGGUACAAGAAUUGGCCUUGCGUUAAAAAUGAACAGUACUUCGUGGAUUCUAGCUAGUUUAGCUACUUUAUAUUGGAGAGUUAGGGGUGUAGGUAUGGAAGCUGUAAAAUGUGCCCUGGUUUCUUAUAGUUUUGCUCCGGAACAAGCGAAAGAUAUUUCUUUAUUAAGUAUGGUCGAUAUUCUUCAUAGAUCGAAUCGUAUAAAUGAAGCGAUCGUUGUGUUAGACAAGGCCCUAGAUACCGAAACACCUUUAGUUGCUACACACUUUGUUGCUGCUAACCUUUUAGCAUCUCAAAAAAAUUAUAAAACAGCUAGAUUAUUUCUCCUCUCAACACUAUCCCUCCAAAAAAGAUUUAUACCAGCCAAAGAACGCCUAUUGGCAAUUAACUGCCAUCUUAAGAAUCAAGCGAACUAAUAAAAGGAAAACUUCCCUCGUUGCGUAUAAAGUUUUGUUUAAUAGAAAAGUUUAUCGUACCACCGAUAUUAAGACUGUGAUUUUUGAUCCAUAAGAGCCCUUCUACAAUUUUACGCGAUUUUGUUUAUGUCUUGUGAUACAUUACAAUGCUGCAGCAUCAAUUAACAAUUGAAUAUUUAUCAAUUUUUCUCUUUUAAGAAUUGUAAUAUGACGGAAUUAUAAUAAAUACUAUAAUGGAU